AUCUCAACAGCAAUAUAAUGGAGAUGAUUGUAUCUUUCCUGUCUUUUAUGUUGUUAUUUAACUAUCUUGAUGGCCAACCUCAGUUCACUACAUGUCCCAGUGGUCCACUGUGUCUCUCUCGACCAGUUACUUAUGAGUGUAACAGUGGAUCAAAUACUCUUAUAUGGAGAGUACUAGAUACUAAUGGUGUUAGUGUUGGUGGUGUAGCUUAUUCUGAGUUUGUAGAUAAUGUUGGUGAUACUGAAUCUAUUGGUGGUCAGUUUAUUACUGUCUUGACUGUUGGUGGUUCUUCUCUUGUUUCUAAUAUAACAUUCACUCCUACUUUAAGUAUCAGUAAUUAUACUGUCCAAUGUGGAGAUGCUACUGGUACAUUUGGGAACUGUUCUAUAAUAAUAGCGGAUGUCCCAUCUGUUCGUAUUCCUGGUAAUAUCACAUUUUAUUCUGACAGGCUCCACUUCUCCUGGUCCCCAUCAACCAGUCCUUGUUUAUCUCAUUACAAUGUUAAUGUUACUAGUAUUGAAUACACUAUCAAUACUACUGAUACUAGUCUGAGUUUACCAGUACCUUCAACUAAUGAUACAAACUAUUCUAUUAGUGUAGUAGCUGUUGAUACUGGUGGUAGAUAUAUGGAUCCUGUUGAUGAAAGAACAUUUGUACCUAAUGUCCCUGAAUCUGUAACUAACUUAACAUUAAAUCAGACUGGUCUCAGUAUUGAUGUGUCAUGGGAUGAACCACCAGUCCUUAUGUUUCUCCCUUUAUUGAGUUACAUAAUAUAUCAUAAUGUUCCUGAUCCUGAUACUAAUAUAACAAUACUAGCUCCUACCACUACAUACAGUAUACCUGAUGCUACAGUAGGAUCAGUAUAUACUGUUGGAGUGGCUGCUGUUAAUGUGUUGGGAAUAGAUACUGCUGAUUUUGCAUCAACUACAAUAAGUACACCAGGAGAGUUCACUAACUGUCCUAUAUCUAUUUGUACUCCUCAGUUCACUAUAUGUCCCAGCUCAGUGUGUCUCUCUCAACCAGUUACUUAUGAGUGUAACAGUGGAUCAAAUAUUCUUAUAUGGAGAGUGCUAGAUACUAAUGGUGGUAGUGUUGGUACUGAGUCUUAUACUGAUUUUGAAGAUGAUGUUGGUGCUACUGGUUCUAUUGGUAGUCAGUUUGAUACUGUCUUGACUGUUGAUGGAUCUUCUCUUGUUUCUAAUAUAACAUUCAAUUCUACUUUAAAUAUAAAUAAUUAUAUUGUCCAAUGUGGAGAUGCUAGUGGUACUUUAAUGAACUGUUCUAUAGUAAUAGCAGAUAUUCCAGUUGCUCCUAUUCCUGGUAGUAUCACCUUUUAUUCUGACAGGCUCCACUUCUCCUGGUCCCCAUCAACCAGUCCUUGUGUAUCUCAUUACAAUGUUAAUGUUACUAGUAUUGAAUGCACUAUCAAUACUACUGACACUAGUCUGAGUUUACCAGUACCUUCAACUAAUGAUACAGAAUAUUAUAUUAGUGUAGUAGCUGUUGACACUGGUGGUAGAUAUAUGGAUCCUGUUGGUGAAAGAACAUUUGUAGCAGAUGGUAAGUAG